AUGUCCUGGAAGCCAAGUGUGAUUCCCAACAACGGAAGAUGGGCCGACAGUCUUGGGCUGGACAAGGGCCCAGCGUGGCAGCCGCCUCCCGGGGGGGCCUCCGGCUCCGGUCCACGGCAGCUGCCCGCUGUGUUGCCGUGUCAACUGGAACGCACAGGGUCCUUCGCCCAAAAGGAAGAAGGGCGAAGAACCCGGGGGCAGUCUGGUCAGUUUGAUCUCUCCCCUCCCCUGUGCGGUCAGCAGUGUCCAGGAAGCUGUAUCGGGUGGGCCAGAUGUGGCUUCGGGGACCGCCCGCGACUGAGCCCGAGCUCAGAGCCUGGAGCCCAGCUACAGAGUCCACAGGCGGCAGCGGCUGAAGGCUGCAUCCUGGAGCCAGCGCUCGGCCACGGGAGAAGGCUCUUCAGCGAGAAGCCCGUGCGCCACAGCUCGGGAGCAGCCCCGUCCUCUGCAACUCAGAGGGCCCUGAUGGAGAGAGAAGAGAUUGUUGUUUUAAGGAAGGCUUCUUCCUCUGGAUUCCCCUUGCCUUGUGCCAAGGCCACUUCAGUGACGGCCUCAGAGGACGUCAGCGCCCGAGUCCACAUCUGCGGCCCCGUGAAGCCCCAGACCACCGAGUGUGAACAAGCGCCAGUGGCAAGGACUCCAGGCCCAAGAUGCGCUGGAGACCACCGCCGUCUGCCACAGGAGGCAGGUUCCCGUGUGACAUCGGCCGACCACACAGAACAGCGGGGCAUGGUCAGGCAGAGUGGUGGGCUGACCCCUGCAACCCCCUCCCUGGGAGACAAGCUCUGGCCAUGUAUCGGGGACAGAUGCCCGGCAACAUCACGGGAGCUGGCCCUGCUCCCAGGCUCGCCCUCCAGCCGGCUUGCUCGGCCCCAGUGCCCCAGGCUCACAGACAGCAUCCUGGGUGCAGCCCACAGCAGAGACCAGAGGGUCUGGGCAGCAGUGGCCAGGCCUGCCCAGGCCAGGGAUCUCCUGGGGGCUGUGCCCUGGGACACAGAGGGAUGGGGUGAACGGGAGAGCCCCAGUCCUCAGUCUGGGGCUUUCCUUCCUGUCUUUAGCCAAGGCAGAAGCCUGGAGGAAAAGUUCCCGCUCGCGUCCAGCGCCCGGGCACCCCGGCCCGUCUCCUCCGCUCUGGUGCCCGGGUUGUUCUCCGCCUUCACCUCGGGGCUCAUCGCAGACGAGCUCUGUGGUGGGCUGCCCGGCUCCCUGCAGCGGCUGCCGGGCAGGGAGGGGAGCGAAGGCUGGUCUGGCUGUGGCCCCUCUCUGGCCCUGCCCACCAAGGCUGAGGGGGCAGCCUGCCUCUGUGGGCACCCCACCCGCUGGCCAGGCGGGCAGGUUCUGCUGUUGGACGUGAGGAUGGAGGCCCAGCUUGCUUGCUGUGGGAUGCUCUGUGGUCCCUCCGGCCUUUUCCAGAAUAGGGCCCAGACCGUGAUGGCCCUCACUAGGGUUCUGCUCUUGGACGUGAGGUCAGAGGCCCAGCUCGCUGGCCGUGGGAUGCUCUGUGAACCAGGCGGGCACAAGGGCCAGCCAGGCAGCUCCAGAGCCUGGGCUUGUGGACCAGGGGUCGUGAGUGCCUCUGUCAAUUACCCCGGAUGCCAGGGAAACCACGGCCUAAGUGGAACCAUCUGGGGGGACAAAGAGGCUUUGUGGAAAGUCCCCUCCUGCUCUGGUCGAGGAGAAGCUGCUGACCAUGUGGAGAGGGCGGAGGGGGCCUUCAGCGGCCACGAUGGAAUGUGGGACGCAGUGGGGAGGGGCAGCACCGGCACUCAGAGCAAAGACCAACAGCGAGGGCAGCCCUCCCCGCAAGGGCCCUGCGCUCUUUCGAACUUUAUUGUGGGGAGAACACUUAACACGGGAUCCGGCUUCGCCAGGGCUUUUCACGGGCAACACACACAGCGUGGUGGACACAGGCACUGCGCCAUGCAGCAGAGCCCCGGGGCUCAGCCGCUCCGCGCCUCCGAGACUCUGCCCACCCGGCAACCACCCCCACCAUGUCCCUCCCGCAGCCUGCAACCACCGUUCUGUUCCUGGCUUCUGUGA